CUCCGCCCCUCGCAGCGUUGCGCGGAGUUGGCCUGUGGACUUGAGUGGUUGCGUUCCGCCAGGUGGUGUGAGCAGGACAAGGAUGGCUUCGGACUCCGGGGACAGUGGGACCCUGUGCACGUUGGAGUUCGCGGUACAGAUGACCUGCCAGAGCUGUGUGGACGCGGUGCGCAAGUCCCUGCAAGGGGUGGCAGGUAUCCAGGGUAUGGAGGUACAGUUGGAGAACCAGAUGGUCUUGGUGCAGACCACUCUGCCCAGCCAGGAGGUGCAGGCGCUCCUGGAAGGCACUGGGCGGCAGGCCGUACUCAAGGGCAUGGGCAGCAGCCAGUUGCAGAAUCUGGGGGCAGCAGUGGCCAUUCUGGGGGGCCCUGGCACCGUGCAGGGCGUGGUGCGCUUCCUACAGCUGACCCCUGAGCGCUGCCUCAUCGAGGGAACCAUCGACGGCCUAGAGCCUGGGCUGCAUGGACUCCACGUCCAUCAGUAUGGUGAUCUCACGAGGAACUGCAGCAGUUGUGGGGACCACUUUAACCCUGAUGGAACAUCUCAUGGGGGACCAGAGGACUCUGAACGGCACCGCGGAGACCUGGGCAAUGUCCAUGCUGAUGCUGAUGGCCGAGCUGUCUUCCGGAUAGAGGAUGAGCUGCUGAAGGUGUGGGACGUGAUUGGUCGCAGCCUGGUUGUUGAUGAGGGAGAAGAUGACCUGGGCCGGGGUGGCCAUCCCUUAUCCAAGAUCACAGGAAACUCCGGGGAGAGGUUGGCCUGUGGCAUCAUUGCACGUUCCGCUGGUCUUUUCCAAAACCCCAAGCAGAUCUGCUCUUGUGACGGCCUCACCAUCUGGGAGGAGCGAGGCCGGCCCAUCGCUGGUGAGGGCCGAAAGGACUCAGCCCAGCCUCCUGCUCACCUCUGAGCAGGGCCUCGCCUUGAUUCUCUUCUGUCCUGCCAGCUGAGCACCUUCCCCCUACAGAGGAAGAAGAGUGAGUUGUGCUUGCUCAGGCCCAGGAGGACUGGGCACAGGGCAUAUAGGGGUCACUGUGAGGUUCCUUUGGCAAAUUAAACUUUUAUUUUCAUAUGGAA